UUCGCUCUUCCCGAUAUCUCAUAAAAACCUAAUUAAUCCCUUCCUCUCCCUCUCAAACUCUACUUUUCAAACUCUAUUCUCUCCAACUCUCUCGCGCUCGCUCUCUCACACACACGCUCCGAUCUCUCACUUCUCUGCCAUGGCAAAGCGCAACUCGAGCUCAAAGUCAGUAACCAAGAGAACGCCGAAGGUGGAAGCGCUGCCGCAGGCGGCGGCGGCGCCGGAUCUGAAUGAGGAGGAGGUGAGCAGUUCGCCGAGUAAGCCUAGGGCGGUGGGGGAAGAGUCGGCAGUGGCAAAGCGCGUGUUAAGGUCGAGGUCAGUUACCAAGAAAAAGCAGGAAGUGGAAGCGCAGCCGCAGGAGGAGGAGGAGGAGGAGGAGAGUAGUUCGCCGAGGAAGCGUAGGGCGGAAGAGGAAGAGUCGGAAAUGGCGAAGCUCAAGUCAAGGUCAAAGUCAGUGACCGAGAAAAAGCGGAGAGUGGAAGAGCAGCCUCAGGCGGCGGCUCCCAAGGAGGAGGAGGAGAGCAGUUCGCCGAGGAGGGCGGUGGAGAAAAAGGAUGAUGAUGAGGAAGAUUCGAGGUUCGUCGGAGAGCCAGUUCCGGACCUAGAGGCUCGCCAACGCUGGCCUAAGCGGUACGAGGAAAAGGGAAAGGUCAUAAAAAGUAAGGAUGAAUCUGAUGAAAUUAUUUUGGCUCGACGCCAUUACACUCAAGCAGAGGUUGAUGGUCAAAUUCUCUAUAAUCUUUAUGAUGAUGCUCAUGUUAAGGCUCCAGAAGGAAUGCCUAGUUAUAUUGGCAAGAUUGUUGAAAUGUUUGAGGCAGUGGAUGGAGGUUUUUAUUUUACAGCUCAAUGGUAUUAUAGGGCUGAGGAUACGGUCAUACAGAACUGUCACAAUCUUAUUGACAACAAGCGUGUGUUCUAUUCGGAAAUCCAGAAUGAUAACCCACUGGAUUGUCUAAUUGAAAAAUUAACAAUUGCUAGGAUUCCUUUGGAUGUUGAUCCAGCAAAUAGAACAAUUCCCAAUUGUGAUUAUUAUUGUGACAUGCUCUAUUUAUUGCCAUAUUCUACAUUUGUUAAGUUACCAACAGAAGAGAGGCAUAGUAGCUGUGAGGCAUCAUCCACUAUUUCUUGUGAGUGUGAUAUGAAUGGGACUGAACAAGAAGAAGAUUUUAAAGUUCAAGAUCACUCUAAGACAGAGGUGUCAUUGCUAGACCUCUACUCCGGUUGUGGUGCUAUGUCGACUGGGUUAUGUCUUGGAGCUAAUUUGUUUGGUUUACAUCUUGUUACCAGAUGGGCUGUUGACUUAAACCGGUAUGCUUGUGAAAGUCUCAGGUUAAACCAUCCAGAGACGGAGGUUAGAAAUGAAUCCGCUGAGGAUUUUUUAUUGUUGCUAGAGGAGUGGGAAAAAUUGUGUUGUUAUUUUUCCUUACUUAAAAGUGAUGCUGUUCCACAAGUGUAUGCGGAUUUGUUUGUUGCCGAUGAUGGUGAUGGUAGUGACGAGGACAACAAUAAUGAUGAGGCUGAUGAUGAAGAUGGGGAGGUCUUUGAAGUUGAAAAGAUAUUGGGAAUAUGUUAUGGUGACCCUAAUGAGACAAAACAACGGGAAUUAUAUCUUAAGGUUCGUUGGAAAGGCUAUGGAGCUGAUGAAGACACAUGGGAACCAAUCAUGGGAUUGGGGAAUUGUGUUAAGACAAUAAAAGAAUUUGUCACCAAUGGUUAUAGAUCAAAGGUUUUACCUUUACCGGGUGAUGUUGAUGUGAUAUGUGGUGGACCUCCUUGUCAAGGCAUAAGUGGUUUUAAUCGGUUUAGGAAUAAAGAAAAUCCAUUGGAUGAUGACAAAAAUAAACAACUAAUUGUUUAUAUGAACUUAGUGCAACACUUGAAGCCAAGAUAUGUUUUAAUGGAAAAUGUGGUUGAUCUUGUUAAAUUUGCAAAUGGCUUUCUUGGACGUUAUGCAUUGGGUCGUCUUAUUGGUAUGAACUAUCAAGUCCGGAUGGGGAUGAUGGCAGCAGGUGCAUAUGGGCUUCCACAAUUUCGCAUGCGUGUUUUCUUAUGGGGGGCACAGCCUACUGAGAAUCUGCCUCAGUUCCCACUCCCCACCCAUGAUGUUGUUGUAAGGGGGGUUAUUCCAUUAGAGUUUGAGAAGAAUACAGUUGCUCAUGAUGAAGGCCACAAUCUCAAAUUGGAAGAAAAGCUUUUGCUUAAAGAUGCAAUUUCUGACCUUCCUGCUGUCGAGAAUAAUGAAUGCCGAGAUGAAAUGCCCUACAGUGGGCCUCCCCAGACGGAGUUCCAGAAGCUUAUUAGACUAGGCCGAGAUGAAUUGCUGGGUCUUCCAAAGCAAGAACCAUUAGAAUGUGUCCUUUAUGAUCAUCGUCCAUUGGCAUUGAAUAAUGAUGAUUAUGAGCGUGUUUGUGAGAUCCCUCAGAAAAAGGGUGCAAAUUUCCGAGAUCUGCCUGGUGUUCGGAUCUGUUCAGAUUCGAAUAAAAAUAAAGUAGAAUGGGAUCCAGAUGUAGAGAGAGUCUAUUUGAAGUCAGGGAAACCCUUGGUACCAGAUUAUGCAAUGAGUUUUGUCAAUGGGACGUCAUCUAAACCUUUUGCACGUUUAUGGUGGGAUGAGACUGUGCCAACUGUUGUUACACGAGCUGAGCCUCACAAUCAGGCAAUUUUACAUCCAGUACAGAACAGGGUACUCACAAUACGUGAGAAUGCCAGACUUCAGGGUUUUCCUGAUUGUUACAAGCUUUGUGGUCCAGUAAAAGAGAGAUACAUUCAAGUUGGGAAUGCCGUUGCGGUUCCUGUUGCUCGAGCCUUGGGCUAUGCAUUAGGUUCAGCAUUUCAAGGUUCUAGUGGUGUUAAUGAACCCGUGUUUAGAUUGCCUCCAAAAUUUCCAAACAUUUCAGGAGUGUGUUCUUCAGCAGCAUCUGAGGAUGAUGCUUGAUUCUUUCUUUGGAAGAGAUACAUUAUAUUUGAAUAUUAUUAAUUCUAUCAAGGGAAUUGUAAAUUGCCCUAAUUGGGUUAUUUUUGUCACUCUGAUUCGCAAUAUUAUUAGAUGAAUUAAUUGAAGUGCCUCUUAUCUUUUAGGUAAAAA